UUGAUCUUCCUGUCCUUGGAACGUAAAGGAUCAAUCUUUGAUUCUGGAUUUUUCUCCCUCUUUCUUUUAUUGUUAUAAUUGCAGAACAUUCCAUACUAGUGACCCUAAAUUGAGUUGUUGGUUGUUGUUGCUAGAGAGAUUCAGUACAAUUAAUUUAUGGGUUCUGCUAGAGAUUCGAUAAGUAAUUUGCCAGAUGAGAUACUAGGCAAAAUCCUGUCUUUGCUUCCGACAAAAGAGGCUGCUUCCACAUCGGUUCUGUCCAAGAGGUGGAAGAAUCUUCUGGGUCUAGUAGACAGCCUUUCUUUUGAUGAAUCGAUGGUUGUGUAUCCAAAUGAAGAAGAAGCUUUAAGUGGUUCACAUCGCUUCUCUGAUUUCGUAGAAAAGGCACUGGCUCUGUUUAGCAAUUCUCCUCCCAUGAAGAGGUUCUCUCUGUGUCAUGUACCUAGAGAUGGCUGCGACGAUACAUACCGCCGUUGGAUUUUGACUGCUAUGGAACGUGGUCUAUUGGAACUACACUUGCACGCGGAUACAUAUGUCCUCCGUAUAGAGACAGAGUUGUUCACGAGCAAGACACUGGUUAAGCUCACACUGUCCGGUGAAUGUUGUCUUGAAGCUGAGCGUGUGUUUCUCCCUGCCCUCAGAUCACUUUCUCUCUUAACUGAUUUCGGGAUUGAUAUUCACAACCAUUGUCGGAUUCUUGAUGGCUGCCCUGCUUUGGAAGAGUUAUUCAUACGUGAUGCUGAUCAUGGCUAUCCGCCAUGUUGCAGUUCAUUCGUAAAAAAUGCAUCCAUCAAGCGACUUGUGGUUUUGGUUAAUCUUCCGGAUUUUAAAGAGCGUCACGAUCUGUCUUAUUUUGAAGCACCGAGUCUAGUUUACCUUGACUAUUCUAGCUAUGUCUGGUAUGAUUAUGAGUUUGUUCAUUUGGAUUCGCUUGUCGAAGCCAGGCUGAGUCUCAAGUUAUGGGAUUAUGAUUACAAUUAUGAUUACCAGUACGAUGAUGACGAUAGUGAUGACUAUUAUUCUUCUGAUGAGAACGGCGGUUCAUGCUAUUCUUAUGUUGAACCAAUGGAGGCUUUAUUCGGCGAUGUUACAAAACUAGUUGCGGGUAUAAGCAACAUCACAACUCUUCACUUGUCUCCCGAUUCCCUUGAGGCGUUUCAUUUCUGCUGUAAAUCCAUGCCAGUUUUCAACAAACUCCUUACUUUAUCUAUUGAGAGUAACAAGGAUAAAAGUUGGCAAGUGAUGCCACUUCUCCUUAAUAGUUGUCCAAUUCUACACACUUUAGUUUUCAAGGGUCUUGUACAUAGAGUAACAAACAAAUGUGGAGAUGCAUGCUCUUGCAUCCCGAAGAAGCGUAAGAGGAAGAAGAGCAAGAAAUUGUCUUGUUUAUGGACAUGCCAUGUGAAUGUACUAGAGGUUUCAGAGUAUGGAGGUUCUUUUCAAGAGCUGAAUCAGAUGAGACAUUUCUUGGGGAAGUUGGAAUGUCUUCAAACUGUGGAAGUUGGUCUUGUUGCCGACAAAAGUGAGUUCUUGCAAGCUAAUCUGCUCACUCUCCCCAGACUUUCAUCAAAAUGCAACAUCCUGUUCAGCUGACCUUUUCUCCCCUCGUCUUUUUUUUUCGCUUUCGAUGUAGCAGAGUGAAAGUAACUUAACAUGAAUAUAUGGUUUUAUAUAUAUCAUUGGAGUUUUAACUCUGUUUCUGAGAUAGUUUUUUUUUAAUAUGCAUGCGUUGUACUUCUUGAUAGUGCGUAUGAUCUGAAAAUACAUAAUAUGAAGAGUGAGCUUUACUGUA